AUGUUCAAUAACAUUGACAUGGAACAAUGCGGUGGAACAAACGGUACGUCAAAACUUUCCCCACUUGGCGAGAGUGAUAAUAUUAUAGAAGUAUCUCUUGCCAAAAAAAAAAUAUGUGGGCAUAUUCAAAAAGUAAGUCUUAAGAACAGGGUUAAGGAUGUUGCCGAUUACAUUAGAUUAAAAUACCCAUCUAUAAUAAACGAAUCUGUUAAAAUGUCUGAUCCGAGAAUAAUAGAUAUUUGCAAAGAGGUAUUUAAAACUAAAAAUAUCAAAAAACUAAGCAAGGACGUAGUAAAAGCAUUGUCAGCGAGCAACUCAACGCUGUGUAAACUCAUUAAAGGAACUACAGAAAAUAAUAUCCCUACAAACAUAAACUGUUUAAUACCUUACAAAAAUGAGUUGGUACUACGUCCGUAUCGAGCUGUAAAUGAAAUUUGUAGUCUGAAAAAAAUUACGAAAAGUAAAAAGAACAUAAUGCGUUUACUCCGUAAGAGUGAAAGGUCUCAUCAAAUAAACGAGGAAAUCUCUAAAUCUGUAAAUUGUGGUGAAGGCGUACAUACAUUUUUGCCGGUACACAUCAGUGAGUCUAACGUUGACAACAAUUUAGAUGUCUGUGACAGAGUAGUGGAAAUCGGUCAACACUCAAACAUAAGUUGUGAGUCAAAUAAACUAGGAUUCCACGACAAUUACGAAAAAUUGACGGUCAACAAUUCAGGUAAGAAUCCUUAUGAAAAUGAAAACAUAACAGUGUUGACAAGCUGCAAUAGAGAGUCUGAUACAAUUGACACAUCCUCAAAUGAAAUACUGAAAAGGGAUGUUAGGCGAAAACUAGAUUUUAAAGUACACUGUGACACAGAGUCAGAGACUUCAAAGUGUACAGUGAUAAAGCAAAGAAAUGAAACUUUUGAGAUUGAUGAUGGUGUAUGCAAACUUGAUUGGACCUCUGACGAUUUGAACAAUAGUUUCCUUAGAUGUGGUGAAAUUCAAACGAUUGAAGAGACAAAUGACUCUUUGGUUGCUGACUGUUCUAAUAUUAUCACUUCUACUCCAAUAAGGUUAGAAGUAGACAUUUCCAGGCAACAGGCAUUUACACAUUCACCGCAAGCCGUUAAUUUUAGUUAUCAUAAAAGUUAUGUUGACGGUAAUAAUUGUUCUCCUAUGAAAUCUAUAGUGCUACCAAAUGAGGCGGAGGUGAUCGACGCUGUAACUCCAAUAAAACUGCCUGGAACUAUUGUCGCUUGCAGCACUCCUGAGGCAGAUGCAAAAGCACUUCCCAAGAAUUCUAAAAACAUAUUUCCUUUGACAAUACGUGGUGAUCUAGAAAAUAAAAAAGAAAAAAGAUAUAAUUUUUCAUAUCUUAACACCAUAGAGGGAACUUUUGAGUUAUCUAUUUGUGAAUGGAAUGAACUUGAAAAGUUGUCUAAUGAACAUGGUAGAAUGUCCUUAGACCUUAGAAAUAUGUUAAUUAGAGAUAAGUUUGUAACCGUUAAUAACUCUUGUGUUCUGUCCAUAAAAAAUGUUAAUAAAAAUAGCAGCGGUGAAUUCACUAGCAUUUAUGGUUACUGCAGACACAAUACUUGUAAAAGUUUUAAGUUUGAUUUUGAAAAAAAAACUGAAAGUGCAGUUAAGGUAUAUGUACUUAGCAAUCAAAUAAACUAUAGCCAUGGUGGAAAAUUAACAAACUUUCUUAGAGGACCGGAGCGAAUGAGUUAUCGAAAAGAGGCGGGUCACAUAAAACCGUUGGCUUUGAGGCAAAAACAUGUUAUGAAAUCUUCUCCUAGCAAAAUAAAACGAGGGAACCUUCAACAAAUAAGGUCAACCAGUGUGUAUAACAGAGUGUCACACGAGACUUUGAGUAAGUUUGAUUUCGAUAGCGAUGACAGAGUAGAUAUGGUACAAAUGGCUUCUGUAAACUCGGAAUUUGUGAAAUACGUAUCACACCCUCAAAGUCAUAACUUUGAAUGUUACAUUUUCAGUAAAGAACAAUUGAUGGUUUUGAAUAAACUAAAGCCAGUCACAUUACAUGUUGACGCGACGGGUACAGUCAUAAGACCUACUACGUUAAAAAAAAAACAAGAAAAACGUUUAUUGUACUAUGCGGCAGUAAUAAAAGCAAACGAUCACAUGAUGCCAGUUGCGGAAUUCAUAAGUACCGAUCAAUCGACAACAGCUAUUUCCAGUUGGUUAUAUGCAUUUAAACGGUUUGCAACAGAACACGGCUUUGACGUGUCAGAUUUAAUUGCGAAUGUUACUAGUGAUUUCUCUACGGCAAUAAUCAAAUCGCUGGCACAGGCUUUUAACGGGUGCAAAGAUGUCAUUGACUACCUAGAUCAAUGUUAUGAUUACUUGUACGAAAAUAAACAAAUGAAAUCAAAAAUCAUACUCAAUUUGUGUUGCUGUCACUUGGUGAAAAACAUUUCAGACGACGUGUUCAAGUACUAUGGUGCAGUUGGCAAAAAUAAUAAAAACAAAGAUCUUGCACGUAUCAUUGUUGGUUUUGUAACACCAGCAUUCGACCUGAAAAUCGCAAAUGAUUUGGAUAAAUGGUUUAAAGCACCUUUGCACUGUUAUACUUUCACCUUACCAAAAUGGCGAUGUCCAGAAAUCCGUCGACUACCUGCUUAA